CUGGAGCCGAAGGGAGGCUGCCGGGGCCAGCGCAGCCUUGCAGAGCACCACGGAGCCAAUCGCUGCUGCUAGGGGUGGAGCUGGAGCUCCAGCAGAUGAAACCGAGUGCCUUUCCAGCACAGUUGGUCUGGGCGACUGAGAGAUCUGUUCGUGGGGAGAGGAAAGCCGGGACUGCGGCUCCGACGCGCUCCUAUCCCAGCAGCACCGCAGGAGCGGCCGUUACCCUCUGCACAUCGGAGACGCGAAGAUGAAAUCUUCUGACAUUGACCAGGAGUUGUUCACUGAAAGUUACUGCAGAGUGUGCAGCGCGCAGCUGAUAUCCGAGUCCCAGCGCGUGGCUCACUAUGAGAGUCGGAAACACGCCAGCAAAGUUCGCCUCUAUUACAUGCUUCACCCCAUCGACGGAGGCUGUCCAGCCAAAAAACUCCGCUCAGAAAACGGCAGCGACGGUGACUCAGUGGAUAAGAACAAAUGCUGCACGCUAUGUAACAUGUCCUUUACCUCAGCAGUGGUGGCUGAAUCGCAUUACCAAGGGAAAAUCCAUGCCAAAAGGUUAAAGCUGUUGCUAGGUGAGCCACCGGCGCUGAAGGCCACAGAGACCUUGGGCUCACUGAAGCAGCCCCGCGUGGAUCGGCCUCCGGCAGCAUCCCCACCUCAGCCACGCAGGGAUUCGGAUCGCUACUGCCAGCUGUGUGCUGCGUGGUUCAACAACCCCGUGAUGGCCCAGCAGCAUUAUGAUGGCAAGAAGCACAAGAAGAACGCGGCCAGGGCUGAGCUGCUGGAACAGCUGGGGAAGACGCUGGACCUGGGCGAGCUGAGAGGCCUGAAGCGCAGCUACACGUGCAACAUCUGCAACGUCACACUGAACUCCAUAGAGCAGUACCACGCGCACCUGAAGGGCUCCAAGCAUCAGACCAACCUGAAGAAUCAGUAGCAGUGCAUGGGAUCGGAGCAAGGAAAAGCACUGAGGCCUCACCUGCAGGGAGGAAGGCUGCUAUCCUGGACACUGACCCCAUGCAGUGGAUGACUGACACGUAAUUAACCCUCGCUUUGGACAGAUACACGGAUCUUAUUGUUAUUAUUAUUAUUAUUAUUAUUAAUUUUUUUUUUUUUAAUUUUGUGGUGAGUUAAAAAAUAUUUCAAUGGAUUUUUUUUUUACCCUUUCAAGAUAAUAUUUAUUCAGCACAGAGUUUAGAGAAUGAUACCUAUCCUGUAAAUACGACGCUUACUCAUCACUCAUCGCCACAGACAGAAGAAAGGAACUAUUUUACUUUUUUUCAUAUUUAUUCUUAGAUUUCUUCCGAGAGUAUAAAAAUAUUCUAUUGCAUUAAUCCACGGUAGUGAUGUAAUCAGCCUCCAACCAGAAAUAAACACGCUUCCUUCACCUUCUCCAGCAUGGUUUUGUGCCGACACCUUGACCGCCAAAAGUGAACCGCAGGGAUUGAAUAACGGAUGAAUGUUUUUCCUUUCCUCUUCAUCUUCAGAGAAACAAACGGUUCACUGGGAGGAGAAAGCUGAAGUGAAAGCGUAGGAUCCUUUCCCUGCCCUUAGGACUGCUGCUGGGUGGAUGGGAGCUGUCUGCUCUGCUGACUUUGGAUGCACAGCGAUGCUCAACACCCCUCGUUCUGCAGCAGGGCGGUGGGUGCCAGGCAGGGAGGCUGCUGUGGAGGCUGCUUGCAGGACAUGGAUGCAGGAGCCCUGUGGGGACAUUUCCCAGUGCCAGCUGCUCCAGAAAACUUCCUGGACCUGUCAGAGGGGCUGCACAGCCAAGGCCCCAUGGUGGGGAGUGGGACCUUGCUAACAGGGAGGAAAAAGCCACAGAGGAUUGGAAAGAAAACAGUGCAAUGGCCUCGGAUGUCCAGGAGGAGUGCUGUGCGGAUCCCAGCUGGGUCCUCAUCUGCGAGGCAUGAACUCCUCACCGGUGUUGGGGUGAGCUGAGAUGUGAGUACCUACCCAGUGGAAAUGAGGGGGUUUGCAAUGGU